CAGACGACCAGUCAACUCACUAGUUUCUGCGCCGUAAAGUUGGGGUCGUCUUUGACUGUUGUAACGAUGCCGGCAGAAACGCGUGUCACCGUGGACGGGACCUGCCAGGCUCUGUGCAAAACCCUGGUCUCUCAGAACGGGAUCCAGAGAGACACGGCUGACAUCUCCAAGUCUGUCCUCUACACAUCACUGAUGGGGCUGCUACUGGUCGUAGACAAAGAGGUGAGUCUCAAGGUUGGGAGUGGAAGAGUCGGCCUUCGUAACGUAGGAAACACGUGUUUUCUGAAUGCGGUGGUGCAGUGUCUAUCUCACACCAGAGGUCUGAGGGACUACUGUCUGGUCAAAGCCUACAGACAGGAGAUGUGCAGUAGAGAGGAGCCACACCUCAUGGAGGCGUUCUCCCAGGUGCUGUUGGGUCUCUGGGAUGUGAACGAAGAAAACCAUAACACAGAAGUGAAUCCUGGGAAGUUCUACAGCGUCUUCAAAGACGCCGUACCUUACUUCAGCGGAUACAGUCAACAGGAUGCUCAGGAGUUUCUGAGGUUCCUAUUGGACAGGCUUCACUGUGAGAUCAACCGUCGGCCGUACGUUCGGCUCACCAGCCUGGAGCCUGAACCCAAAUGCACCACAGUCAGGAUUGACGAGCAGGCGUCUGCCAUGUGGAAGAGACACCUGGUGAGGGACGACAGUAAGAUCGUAGAUCUGUUUACAGGUCAGCUACGUAGUUCCCUCCACUGCUCCGUGUGUUCCCACUACUCCACCUGCUUCGACGUCUUCUGUGACCUGUCUCUACCCAUCCCUAAGAGGAGUGCAGCAGGGGACGGGUCUCUGAGGGAGUGUCUUGAUCUGUUCACACAGGAAGAGAAGCUGGACGAGGAGAACGCACCCAUGUGUGAGCGGUGUAACAGACGUACAGAGAGCACCAAGAGACUGACCAUCCAGAGAUUCCCACAGGUCAUCGUCAUGCAUCUGAACCGGUUUGCCAUGUCGCGGUACAUGGUGUGCAAGAGUACAGUGUGUGUCUCCUUCCCUCUGACAAGCCUGGAUAUGGGGCCCUACGGACCGGUCGACUGUGGUCCUGUGCUGUAUGAUCUGUAUGCCGUGUGUAACCACAGUGGGACUGUCAACAUGGGCCACUACACAGCCUGUUGCCUGGAGGACGACGGAUCGGGAUGGUGCUGCUACAACGACUCCUGUGUGACUCCUAUAUCAGAGAACCAACUGCAGUCUGCUCAGGCCUACGUCCUCUUCUAUCAACGCAGGAAGUGAACCAUCGGGCAGCCAAUCACUACAGCUAUAACUGCAAAACAGAGCAUUCAGCAGCCAAUCAGAAAAACUGUUACUACAAGCAGAGCUUUCAGCAGCCAAUCGCUACAGCUGCUACUACAAAUGGAAUGUUACAAACAGCUGUGAUGUAGCGGUAUUGUAACCAAGCAACCAGCGUCUCAACCAACUGGUCUGAUGUUGGACAGCUUGAGGUUUGUGUGAGUCUGGGACAAAGACAGGAGAAAGGGAUAGAAAGACAGAUAGACGGAGAGGAGAGGAGAAAGGGAAGAUCAGUGUAAGAGAGUUACUAGCUCAGCUAGGAACAUGUGUGUGUAGACCUUCAGUUCUAACAGACAGAGAUUCUGUUAUCACUGUACACACACACACACACACACACACACACACACACACACACACACACACACACACACACACACACACACACACACACACACACACACACACACACCACCAUGAGGAAACAUGUCAACAGCAUGUUAUCAGACAAUAUUAACUUGUGCUAUACACUAGCUUAAUUAAUAACCAACAAUCAGACAGAACGCUUUAAAGAAAAGCCUGCAGAUAUAUAUACUGUGUUAAAAUAGUCUAGACGAACUGGUAGGUAGAAACAUUCAUUUGCACUGAGUAGAAAGUCGCUUUUUCAUUUUAUGCUGUUAUAAAUUGAUACGUUUUUAUAAAACACAAACUAGGACUGUGCAUCAAAGGGGUGUUUGAGCAACUUUUUCUAAAUUAACAAUUAUUUAAAUGAUUUUUUGUUUUUACUUUCUUAUUUGAUUAAAAUGUGGAGU